AUGCCCAAGAAGCAGAGCCUCUGGCAGAGGCUCUUCUCCGCCGCCCUCGGAACUCGGCCUCCAAUCUCCCGCCGAGACACCGCCACCGCCACCGCCGUGACCGAAUCCGAAUCGACACCGCACCCUACCACGCUGCACCACCACGGCAGGUCCUCCCAUCCUUCCAUGGCAGAUAAGCUCGCCGCCGGGCAGACCCUCGUCCUCAACGAGGACGCCGGGCUCCUCCUCCCGUCGUCGGCCUCCCCCUUCCCCUACUUCAUGCUCGUGGCGCUGAAGGCCGGAGGGUACCUACGAGGACUCGUACUUCUCCUCCUCUACCCAAUCAUGUUCUGCAUGAGGAUGAUGGCCAUGGCGGCCUUCUGCGGGUUGCGCGCGGGCCCGUUCCUCGCUGGCCGCGCCGUGCUGCCCAAGUGGCUCAUGGAGGACGUGGCCGCCGAAGGCUUUAAGACGAUGAGGGUGAGUGGUGCCGCCGGCGGGCGGAGGGUGUGCGUGGCGAGAAAGUUGCCGAGGCUGAUGGUAGAGGGGUUCCUGAGGGAGUACCUCGGCGCGGAGGCGGUCGUCGGGAAGGAGAUGAAGGUGCUCUGGGGGUUCUACACUGGUCUAAUGGAGGAGCAAGACAAGUUGAUAUUGGAGGAGGAGAAGAUCAUGCUGGAGGGUAAUGAUGCCGUGGGAUUCUCUCGCUCGCUCGAGUUUCUCCAGCAUCCCCUCGCGCGCUGUUGCAAGAAUGUCUACCUCCUGACACGAGACGACAGAGCCACAUGGCAGGCGCUCCCGAGGAGCAUGUACCCCAAGGCCAUGGUGUUCCAGGACGGCCGCCUCGCAUUCCGGCCGACGGCCGGCAGCACGCUCGCCAUGUUCAUGUGGUUGCCAUUUGGUGUUGCCCUUGGAGCCGCCCGCCUCACCGUCGCACUCACCGUGCCAUAUCGAUAUUCCACGCCGAUCCUGGCAGCCACUGGCAUGUCAUGGCGCCUAAAGGCCGGCGAGCGACAGACUCUGCUGGGCGCCGACGGCGAGCGAGGACGUCUGCGCGGGCAGCUGUAUGUGUGCAACCACCGCAAGCUCAUCGACCCGGUGUACAUAUCGGUGGCGCUGGACCGACCGGUGCGUGCCGUGUCGUAUAGCCUCAGCCGCUUCUCGGAUCUCCUCUCGCCGAUCGGUCGCACCGUGCGGCUGGCACGAGACCGCGACGUUGACGCAGGCAUCAUGGGCCGCCUCCUGGACAGCGGCGACCUCCUCGUCGUCUCCCCCGAGGGCGCUCGGAUACGGCUGCACCAUGUUCAACAGGAAGGACAAAUACCUCAUGCUUGCUGGCAACGACGGCAAGUGCUCGAUUGCUCCUGCAGCUGUGAGGAGCUAAGAACAACCGAUGAUGACUCAUAUCUAAGCUAG